GGGAAAGGAGAGCAAAGCCACAUCUUUUUAUAAUUUAGUCUCUGAAGUGACAUCCAAUCACUUGUCAUAUGCUAUUGUAACACAAACCAACUCUGGUACAAUGUAGGAUGAGAUUACUUAAAGGUGUGUAUACUAGAAGCAAGGAUCAUUGGGGGCCAUGCUAGAGGCUACUCCCAACCUCUUCCACCUUGCCAUUUCUCCUACCCUCCUCCCGUUAGCAUUUAAAUAUGCCCAAGUAUCUCUCAUUUCAGAAAAAGCCCUUUCCUCAGCCCCACAUCCCACUCCAGUUACUGUACUGCCCAUGUCCCACAGCCCAACUUCUCCAAAGGACCGUCCAAAUUUACCCUCUUCACCUCCCUGCACCCUGCUCCUUAGCACACGCUAAUGUGGCAUCUGACACUGAUCUGGCAUAGACUGGCUCUUCCCAGGGCCACCAAUGGCUCCUUGUCUUUACCAAAUUUGACCUCUUGGCAGCUUGUCACCUGCAGCCCCUAUCAAUCAUCUUGAUCCCCCAGGUCCUCCUUGACAGUGGACUGAACCUAGCAACUUACUUCUAACAAACAGAAUAUGGCAAAAGUAAUGGAAUGUCACUGCUGGGACAUAGCUUCUAUCUUGUAUGGACUCGUUAACCCUCUUGUUCACUUGCUCUGAAUGAAGCCAGUUGCCAUUUUGUGACAUGCCCUAUAGAGAGGCCCACAUGGCAAGGAACUGAGGAGGUCCCCUCGUAAGAGCCAGUGUGAAACUGAUUCCUCCCCAACAAUCUAGGAGGAAAUGAAUCUUGCCACAUGAGGGAGCUUGGGGCCUCCCUGAGCUAAGCCUUCAGAUUAGACUGGGGUUCUAGUCAGUACUAUGAGUGCAGCACCAGGAGUGCAGCCUGUGAGAGACCUUGAGGUAGAGGUACCAGCCAAGCCAAGCUCACAUCUGGACCCAUAGCUACUGAGAUAAUAUGCAGUAAUUGUUUUAACCUGCUAGAUUCCUGGAUAAUUUGUUAUGCUGAAAUACAAUAGGUAAAUAAUACAAUCCCACCCACAUCUCUCCUCUGGCUUCUCCCUCAGCGGCUCCCAGUAUCCCAGCUCCUACCCAGCAUCCUUUGUUUAUGCCUCUUAACUGUUAGGGUUUCCUGGGCCCUAGGCCUGGGCCUUCUUCUGUCCUCACUGCUCUCACUAUCUGGUUAUCCAACCACUCCUAAGGCCAUCCAUGACUUGAACCCCAGACCUGAAUAUCAAAAGUCCUCUUGGAUAUCUCUGCUCAGGGCCCACGUUCAACACAGCCAGAAACAAAUUCAUCCUCUUUCCCCCAAAACUUGUCUUCCUCCUACAUUCUGUAUCUCAGAGGUGGUACCCUCACCUGCCUAGUCUCCUAAGCCAGAAUCCUGGUGUCAUCCUGGAUGCCUCCCUUUUGCUGUCGUCAAUCCCCAAGGCCAACAGACUCCAUCUCCUAAAUAUCUCUUGGAUAUUUUCAGUCCUCAUCAUCCCUCCUGCCCCAUAUCCUGCGUCCCAUCCAGAGAAACUUGUUCACUGCACAAAAGGACCAAGAGGGCUUAGAUCCAGCCCUGCCCUGCUCACCAAGGGACCUGCCUUAUAGCCUAAGCUACCUGUAACUGGAGGAAAAACAGCAGCAACCGCUUCCAACCUGGUUCAAUCCACCUCAACCCAGGGGCAGCCUGAGGAAUUCUUCAAAAGCCCACAUUGGCUCUUGUCUCACCUGCUCAGAACCCCUUCCAUGGCUCUCCAUUUCCCACAGGAUAAAGCUCCAACUCCCUAAAAAGACUUGGUGAUCUUUUCGUGACUUGGGCUUUCCAACAUCAAGUGUUGUCCCUUCCUGGGCAUCACAAGAACCCAAAUGUGGAACUGCUUGCAGUUCGUCAUUGUGCCAUGCUCACUACGUCUUUACAAAUGUUCUUUCCAUGUGGAACAUCCCUGCAUCUUUUCUCCCCUCCGUGACGUUAACUCCUACGGUAACAUCAGAAGUGGCUUCCUACAAUCCCGGAGCGUUUCAGUGCUUUAAGUAUUCAGCCUGAGAUCUUUUGUAGAAGCUGAAACUGUCCACUCAUAAGACAGACAGUAAGAAGACCUCAGAAAACAAGGCUGUGAACCUCAGUUGCUCAUCUACGAACCGACCGUACCGUGACUAAGGUCAGGCAGCCAGCAGGUGGGAAUGGUCUUCAUUGCCUGCACCCGCAACUUCAGCUCCCAAAUUGUUGGUCAAGGUAGCGCAGCGCCAACUCCCGCGCACCGCCCGCACUUGACUGGGCUUCCGGUGUCCUGGAUCAGUGGCCUCCGGGCGUCGGGGCGGGGCCUCCAGGCGUCGUGGGCGCGGCUACCCCGUCUGGCCCGCCUCCGCGCGCCGGCUGACGCAAGUAGGCGCGACGUCAUAACACCGUGUUCUUUUAGACGAUUCCCGGGCUCCAGCGGGUCACGUGAGUCACUUUUCGCGCGAAAACUGGUCGCUGCUGGAGUAGCGAAGAGGAGCCGGGCGCUGCGAUGGCGGAAUCAUCUGAGUCCUCUACCGUGGCCUCUAGCCCAGCUCUGCGUCGGCGAAGCAAUGAUCCUCUCACCUCCAGCCCUGGGCGAAGCUCCCGGCGCACAGAUGCCCUGACCUCCAGCCCUGGCCGUGACUUGCCUCCCUUUGAAGAUGAGUCCGAGGGGCUGCUAGGUACAGAGGGGCCCGUGGAGGAAGAGGAAGAGGACGGAGAGGAACUUAUCGGAGAUGGCAUGGAGAGGGAUUACCGUCCCAUCCCAGAGCUGGACACCUACGAAGCUGAUGGACUGGCCCUGGACGACGAGGAUGUAGAGGAGCUGACAGCCAGUCAGAGGGAGGCGGCAGAGCGGGCCAUGCGGCAGCGUGACCGUGAGGCUGGCCAGGGCCUGGGCCGCAUGCGCCGUGGGCUCCUAUAUGACAGCGAUGAGGAUGAGGAGCGCCCUGCCCGGAAGCGCCACCAAGUGGAGCGGGCCACAGAGGACAGUGAGGAGGAUGAGGAGAUGAUUGAGAGCAUUGAGAACCUGGAGGACCUCAAGGGGCACUCUGUGCGCGAGUGGGUGAGCAUGGCGGGCCCCCGGCUAGAGAUAUACCACCGCUUCAAGAACUUCCUGCGCACCCAUGUGGAUGGCCAUGGCCACAAUGUCUUCAAGGAGCGCAUCAGUGACAUGUGCAAAGGUAUGGCUUCUGUACUCCCACUUAUGCUCACCAUAGUCCACCUUACAAAACUCUCCUCUACAGAGUUAUUGCUUUGGCCCUGUAACAAUACAUUUAAUGGAGACAUGAAAUACAAAUACAAGUCAGUAGAUGGGAAUAACGACACUCCCUGCUGUCUGUCGCUCACAGGGCCGUGGUCAAGGUCAGGUGACCUAAUUCCGUGCUUGGAGGAGUGUGAAGUCUGCCACAUAGGGACAGGCCCCGUGACUAUUUCUUUGCCUUCACAGACCAUCUAUCAGAACUACCAGCGUAUCCGCAUUCAGGAGAGUCCUGGCAAAGUGGCGGCUGGUCGGCUGCCCCGCUCCAAGGAUGCUAUUCUCCUCGCUGAUCUGGUGGACAGCUGCAAGCCAGGAGACGAGAUAGAGCUGACUGGCAUCUACCACAACAACUAUGACGGCUCCCUUAACACUGCUAAUGGCUUCCCUGUCUUUGCCACGGUCAUUUUAGCCAACCAUGUGGCCAAGAAGGACAACAAGGUUGCCGUGGGGGAGCUGACUGACGAGGACGUGAAGAUGAUCACCAGCCUCUCCAAGGACCAGCAGAUCGGGGAGAAGGCUGAGAAAUUGGAGAUAAGUCCUGUACCCCUCAUCUGCCUUUCAUCCCCACUUCCUCUGUUCCUAUCCUUCCCUCCUCCAGGGGGCAAACACAAGGUGCGAGGCGACAUCAACAUGCUCUUGUGUGGAGAUCCUGGCACAGCCAAGUCUCAGUUCCUCAAAUACAUUGAGAAAGUGUCGAGCCGUGCCAUCUUCACCACCGGCCAGGGAGCUUCAGCUGUGGGCCUCACGGCAUAUGUCCAGCGGCACCCUGUCAGCCGGGAGUGGACCCUAGAGGCUGGAGCCCUGGUUCUGGCUGACCGAGGGGUGUGUCUCAUCGAUGAAUUUGACAAGAUGAAUGACCAGGACAGAACCAGCAUCCACGAGGCCAUGGAGCAGCAAAGUAUCUCUAUCUCGAAGGCCGGCAUUGUCACCUCCCUGCAGGCUCGCUGCACUGUCAUUGCCGCUGCCAACCCCAUAGGGGGCCGCUAUGACCCCUCGCUGACCUUCUCAGAAAACGUGGACCUCACAGAGCCCAUCAUUUCCCGCUUUGACAUCCUGUGUGUGGUGAGGGACACAGUGGACCCAGUUCAGGAUGAGUUGCUGGCCCGCUUUGUGGUUGGCAGCCACAUAAGACACCACCCCAGCAACAAGGAGGAGGAAGGGCUGGGUGGCGUCCCAGAGCCCACCAUGCCCAACACAUUUGGCGUGGAGCCCCUGCCGCAGGAGGUCCUGAAGAAGUACGUCAUAUAUGCCAAGGAGAAGGUCCACCCGAAACUCAACCAGAUGGACCAGGACAAGGUGGCCAAGAUGUACAGUGAUCUGAGGAAAGAAUCCAUGGCAACAGGCAGCAUCCCCAUCACAGUGCGGCACAUCGAGUCCAUGAUUCGCAUGGCAGAGGCCCAUGCUCGCAUCCACCUGCGGGACUAUGUGAUAGAGGAUGAUGUCAACAUGGCCAUCCGAGUGAUGUUGGAGAGCUUCAUCGACACACAGAAGUUCAGCGUCAUGCGCAGCAUGCGGAAGACCUUUGCCCGCUACCUUUCAUUCCGCCGUGAUAACAAUGAGCUGUUACUCUUCAUACUGAAGCAGUUAGUGGCAGAGCAGGUGACAUACCAACGUAACCGCUUUGGGGCCCAGCAGGAUACUAUUGAAGUGCCUGAGAAGGACUUGGUGGACAAGGCCCGUCAGAUCAACAUCCACAGCCUCUCUGCCUUUUAUGACAGUGAGCUCUUUCGGAUGAACAAGUUCAGCCAUGACCUGAAGCGAAAGAUGAUCCUCCAGCAGUUCUGAGCCUCCACAGCAGCUGCCUGAUUCUGACUGAGAAGUCAGUUCUUAUGCUUAGUUCACUCUGUGCUUCAGAAACAUAAAACCAAACCACCAGGGGACAGAGUGUGGUCCAGGCCAGGGCUGGCAGCUGAACCAUCUGGCUUCCCCCAGUCUGCUGGGCUCAGGCUGUGGCUGUGAAUGCUGGUAAUUAUUUCCUAGGCUCCCUUUCUGCUGCUUUCACUAUCUUUGGUGGGUGUGUUUUGCCAUUGUUUAUUUUUCAACUGCUCGGUAACCCACCAUUUACAUGAGGUCUGCUUCCAUUUUGUCUUGGAUCAAGUCCUGUGUGUUCAAGAUACUCAUGGUCUAGGUGACUGAACAUAUAAGGGUGUUACAAGAACUGUUGCUUGGCAUGAGUUCUAUGUCCUAGCUGCUUCGUCCACUUUGGCUGAAGAGCAAGUUCAAGGUAUUGGUAGUUUUUUCUAAAUUCUGUCCUGCAGGUUUCUCUGGGCUUCUGAGUGAAGAAACCUUGUGGGCAGAAGAGAGCACAGUCCCUCUACCCUUUGUAAUGACACAGCUUGGUUUCCUGUAGGAGGAAGGGUCUGAAGGGUUGAUAUGGUAAUGAGGCUACCCAUCACCAUUGCUGUGUUAAUCUGUUUUCUCCUACCUAACCAUUUCCCUACUCCCUCAUUGUUUGUACAUUCAACUUGUUUCUAUGGUUUAAAUUUUUGAUAAAAUUAAAUAAAAUCUAAAUACUGGUA